UGCGAAUCAUAGGGAUCAGCCCCUGUACUACCCAACUUCUAGACAGCCCAGGGAACAAAGAAGUAUGCAUUCUUUUUUUUUCUUCUUCUUUUUUUUUCUUCCCUUUCCUUCUGCGAAGUCGGCGCGUCUUGUACUUUGAGCUGCCGACUUUUUUUCUUAUUGAAUUGGGGGCUUCUGACCUUUGAAUAUUUCUUUUUUUUUUCUUUCUUGUCCACCCUUUUAUCUUCAUCAAUCCCGUGUUACCCACUGCUGUCCACUGCUGUCUUAGCAGAUCACCCGCCGCGCCAAGUUUCUUACCCCAUUUAUCGUUGGUCCAAUAACUCGACAAUAGGUAUAGGUGGUAACUCAGCAAUAACUUGGCCGGUCAUGUCCCAAGACAAAAUACCCUCUUCUCUCGAGGCGAACGAGCAUGCAGCCUCACAACUUAGAGAGUCUCAAAAUAGUACCUCUCAAGAUGACCUGCACCGCGAUGCCAAUGUCCCGGACUACACCCCUGAGCAGGAAGCUCGUGUAGUUCGCAAGUUGGACUUGAACCUGAUGACACUCUUCUUCGUACUAUAUAUGCUGGCUUACCUCGACCGCGGUAACAUAGGCAAUGCUAGAAUCGCCGGCAUGGCCCAAGAUCUCCAUCUUGAUGGCAAUCGAUACCAAUGGCUGCUUAAUAUAUUCUACAUUGCCUACGUAGUAUUCGAAUUUGGGGUCUUAAUGUGGAAGAUCUUCCCUCCCCACCUCGUCGGCACUGUUGUCGUUUUUGGCUGGGGUCUUAUCGCUACAGUACAAGCCGGUGUCCACAACUGGAGUGGUGAGAUGGCUCUGAGAUUUUUCCUUGGCGCCUUCGAAGCAUGCUACGGACCAGGUAUAAUCUACCUCCUUUCAUUUUUCUAUCUUCGGCAUGAGAUUGGUUUCCGAUGUGGUAUUUUCGCCUCCGCAGCUCCGUUGGCCUCCACAUUCGCAGGUGCUUUAGCCUACGGUAUCACGAGCGGACACUCGCACCUCGCCAACUGGCGUCUACUCUUCCUCGUCGAAGGAUUGCCGACUAUCCUCAUGGCCAUCUUUGCCUUCUUCUUCAUACCUGACUCCGCAGAGAAAGCUAGAUUUCUGACGGCUGAAGAAAAGAGCAUUGUAAAAUCUAGGGCCAUGCGCCAAGUCGGCACAAACGCAAGCGCCAGAAUAGGAGGGUUUAAGCUCGCGGACGUUCUACCGGUAUUCCUGGAUCUGAAGGCAUGGCUAUGUGGACUGAUGUAUUUCUGUGGCAACGUUACUUACUCAAGUCUGCCUGUUUUCCUUCCGACAAUCCUCCAAGACAUGGGCUACACAGCUAUCAAUGCGCAGGGUCUAUCCGCUCCUCCGUCGUUUGCAGCCUUUAUGUUCGCCUUGAUUACAACUUGGGUCGCGGACAAAACCCAACAGAGAUGUAUUGUCCUCAUGAUUACUUCCAUCGUGGGAGGAGUCGGUUACAUUAUCCUUGCCACCGUUGAAACCGUUGGCGUUCGUUACUUCGCCACCUUCUUAGCGUCGGCUGGCGUCUUCUCUACCAUCCCUAAUAUUCUUGGACUGACCUUGAAUAAUCAAGGUAGUGAUACUCGACGCGGAAUGUCAAUUGUUCUCAUCAACUUAGUCGGCCAGUGUGGACCUUUCCUAGGAACUAAUGUAUUUCCUACGUCGGACGGCCCUAGAUUCAUCAAGGGUAUGAGUGUGUGCGCUGCCUUCAUGUUCUUCUCUGCGCUUCUUGCACUCUUCCAGCGUCUACUUCUGAUGUGGGAGAACGCCCAACUCGACCGCAAGUACGGAACCAAGACCAAGGACAAAACCACCGCAGAGUCCAAGGACAUUGCCACGGAAAACUACGGUCCUAACUUUAGAUAUAUACCUUGAGACCCUUCAGAGCUAUGGGCAUGUCCUGCAGUUUAGGACUGUUGAUUCAAUAUCCCCUUUCCAGCAUAGCCUUUCCAUCAGAUUAGAUUUAGAUAUAAUUGCUGGUCAGAUAAUUAUGGCAGUGAAUAAGAACACGUUAAAUUAUAUGGAUAAUGGGUUUGAAGUAGAGAGAAUAGUCUGUUGGUAAAAUAAUCUGGGGUUAUGGUGCCCCCGAUUAUGCUAUGUCUAAUUUAAUAUUACAAGCAGGCCACAGAUGUGUUCUACUAGCAGGCCGGUACGCGGAUAUGAUUUGAAAAUAGAUAGUAUUGAUAAUAUUUAUUGCUAGAUACCUCACAAGAUAGAUUUAGAGACUCGUAGAUGACUCGAAACAGGCUGAUUAAUCUCAGUUUGGACUAAAGCGACUGUGACGCUUAGCCGAACGGGAUCACAAUAUUCUACGAAUAUGAAGGCACUAGGUUCUCUAUCAGGUAUUCCCGUGUUAGAUGUCAUAUACAGAGUGAGUGUCAGGGGCAUAGUAAGCAGUCUAUUGUAAAGAUGUAGUACG